CGCAACUAAUGUUUCACAACAAAAUAUGUUAUUAGCAAAAUUGUACAAAGCUGGAAAUAAAUUACUGCAACUGAGCUAGUUAUGUUUCUAACGGAACUUUUUGGGGCCACUUCAAUUUUUUGGUUAGUCACAUCUUUUUUUGUUUUUUGUACAAUUAAAAAGACCAAUGACGGUUCAAUGAACUACGAUGUCAGUUUUGAAAAAACAUCGAUGCAUCGAUACAUCGACUAUUUAUACAUCGAAAGGAAAAAUUACGAUGCUUCGAAGCAAAACAUCGAUAUUUUCGAUGCAUCGAUGUUUUUCCGAAAUCCCUACUAUCGAUCCCUAACUUGUAAUAUCUAGAAAAUUUCAAGUAGAAACGCGAAAAAUGUUCCAGCUGAAGUAAAAUUAAACACUGGUAAACAAAUUAUAAGAUGCCAAUUUAAUCUAUGCCAAUUCGAGCUACAAUUUACUCUUAUAUUGUUAAAAGUUAAUUGACCUUGUGUUGAAGUGGGAAUAAGGUGCUUAAAAAUGCAGUGUCGUGCCUGUAUGCAAAUGGACUGCGUCGGGGCUGUGGAAAUGUGUUGUGCCAUAUCGGCAGAUGGGAAAACAUUGUGCGAUUACUUUAACGAUUGUACACAGCUCCAUGCAACAUCCACUGAUAAUCUUCCACAACUAUUAUGCUUAAAUUGCACACAAAUUGUGCGUUCAGCCUAUAAUUUCAAGGAAAUCGCUCGUCGCUCUGAUGAAGAACUGAGGAAAAUUUUAGUGUUUCCAAAAAGUGAGCCUGAGUUGAUUUAUGCUAACACUGAGCAACCGCAAGAUGCUGUGGAAUGGACAAAUGAUCCCUUAGCUACGAUACCACCAAGCCCUGCUGCCAUUGAAUAUUCAAUAAGCAUACCUGAACUAGAUAUACCUACGAUAGACAUAAAAUCUGAGAAAUCCGAGGAAUUAAGUGAAGAAUGGCAAGAUGGGGAAAGAGGUGAUAAUGAAGUGUUGAGAGGCAGGGUGACACAUCCUUGUAAAUUAUGUGAUUGUAUAUACACUACGCAAAAAGAGCUAAGAAGUCAUAUUUUUGACAUGCAUAAGCCGCAUAUCGUCUGCAUUAAAUGUCCAAAAGUCUUUGACUUCCCUAAUGAGUUACAACUGCACGAAUCUCUUGUUCAUGGAACUGAAUCACCAGUGCAGUGCCCCUGGUGCAAAGAGUAUCACUCAAGGGAGGUAUUUUAUAAACACUUGCGAUCUAAGCACAGCAAUUCCUAUUCUAAAUAUUUUCCGAGAAAGCGAAUACGUAACCGCGAUUCAGGUGAAAAUACCUCGUUUCGUUGUGAGCAUUGUGAACAGUAUUUCUCAUCUGUCCUCGAGUUAGCCGAUCACAUUCAGGAGCAUACAUUUGAUUGCCCAAUAUGCUCGAUGAGCUUUAAAAAACAUGGCACUUUCAGGGCACAUGUAAAACGAAUACACAAUCAUUCUAUAAGUAGCUUAAGAGCUUUAAUUUCUGAGGAGAAGGAAGAAAAUAAGCCCUUUCAAUGUUCCUUGUGUUCAAGACAGUUCAAUAAGAAAAGAUCUUUUCAAGAUCAUAUGAAACGUAAACAUAAUCAAAGUAUGAAAAGGCUUCCCGAAGAUGACGAAGAGGAUAAACUGUAUAACUGUCCAAUCUGUAAUAUGUGCUUCAAAAGCCAUAGUGCCGUCUAUUAUCACAAGAGGCGGAAGCACCCCGACAGCGCAACAACAACUGAAGGCGAUAUAAAUGCAAGCAGUAAUAUCGAUACUGAAAAAGUGGAAAACGAGAAUACCGAAAGCAGUGAAUUAAUUAGAUGUAAAUUUUGCAAUAAGGAAAUACCUGGUAAUCGAAUAAAAUAUCACGAAAAACGACAUAUUUAUGCUCUGAACAGGAAAAGAAAAUACCUGUGUUCAUUUUGCCCGCGAGAAUAUAAUUCUGAAACUUCGGUUAAGUUACAUGAAAAGAAGAUUCAUCUGCGCGAAAAACCAGAACCGAAGGAGUGUCCAAUAUGUCAGAAAAAAGUCGAUCCACAUUAUCUUAAACAUCAUAUUGACAAUGUCCACACUUCAGAACGUAAGUUUGUCUGUGAUGUUUGCGGCGAUUCGUUCAAAAGUUACGUUCUGCUUCACAGUCAUAAGCGAUUGCAUUUAGAGCGAAACUUUCCGUGUACGGUAUGUACUAAAAAAUUCAUACGCUCCUUUGAUCUCAAGGUACAUAUGCGUAUUCACACUGGGGAAGAACCGUACUCGUGUCAUAUAUGUGAUCGACGUUUUAAAAUCAAAGUACGACUCAACUAUCACUUGCAGCGACACGCUGGCAUCAAACGAAAAUGCAAAGAGUGCGGAAAAGAGUUUAAUCACGUCAAACAAUUGAAAAUCCAUUCUUAUAAGCACACUGGCAUGCCCUAUAGGUGUUCAGUGUGUGAUUAUGCUUGCGCACAACGUGAUGUAUUUAGGAAGCAUUUAUUGCGAAUGCACGAUAUGACAAUGACCCCGGAUGAAUAUUGUGCGAUGUUUAAGGCAAAUACUGGUCGGAAUCCCCACGUUAAAACUCUGGAGGAAUUGCAAUCGGAGCCUUGUAUUGAAGUGGAAAUAAGUUGUUCAAAUAUGCAGUGUCGUGCCUGUAUGCAAAUGGACUGCGUCGGGGCUGUGGAAAUGUGUUGUGCCGUAUCGGCAGAUGGGAAAACAUUGUACGAUUACUUUAACGAUUGUACACAGCUCCAUGCAACAUCCACUGACAAUCUUCCACAACUAUUAUGCUUAAAUUGCACACAAAUUGUGCGUUCAGCCUAUAAUUUCAAGGAAAUCGCUCGUCGCUCUGAUGAAGAACUGAGGAACAUUUUAGUUUUCCCAAAAACUGAGCCUGAAAUGAUUUAUGCCAACACUGAGCAACCGCAAGAUGCUGUGGAAUGCACAAAUGAUCCCUUAGCUACGAUACAACCAAGCCUUGUUGCUAUUGAAUCGUCAAUGAGCAUACCUGAACUAGAUAUACCUACGAUAGACAUUAAAUUUGAGAAUCCUGAGGAAUUAUGUCAAGAAUCACAAGGUGAUGAAAGGGGUGAUAGUGAAGUAUUGAGAGACAAAGUGACGCAUCCUUGUAAAUUAUGUGAUUGCAUAUACACUACAAAAAAGGAGCUAAAAAAUCACAUUUUUGACAUGCAUAAGACGCAUAUUAUCUGCAUUAAAUGUCCAAAGUUCUUUGACUUUCCCAAAGAACUACAACUGCACGAAUCUCUUGUUCAUGCAACUGAAUCACCAAUGCAAUGCCCCUGGUGCAAAGAGUAUCACCCUAGAGAGGUCUUUAAUAAACAUUUGCGAUCUAAGCAUUGCAAGGCCUAUUCCAAAUAUUUUCCGGGAAAGGAAAUAGGUGAUCGUGGUUCGGGUGACAAUACCUCGUUUCGUUGUGAGCAUUGCGAGCGAUACUUCUCAUCUGUUCUGGAGUUAGCCGAUCACAUUCAAGAGCACGCAUUUGAUUGCCCAAUAUGCUCGAUGAGAUUUAAAAAACAUAGCACUUUCAGGGCGCAUGUAAAACGAAUACACAAUCAUUCUAUAAGUAGCUUAAGAGCUUUAAUUUCGGAGGAGAAGGAAGAAAAUAAGCCAUUUCAAUGUUCCAUAUGUUCUAAACAGUUCAAGCAGAAAAGAUCUUUUCGAGAUCAUAUGAAACGUAAACAUAAUCAGAUCAUUAAAAAGCCUGAGGAGGACGAAAAUAAACUCUUUCAAUGUUCCCAGUGUUCAAGACAGUUCAAUAAGAAAAGAUCUUUUCAAGAUCAUAUGAAACGCAAACAUAAUCAAAGUAUUAAAAAGCGCCCCGAAGGCUAUGAAAAAGAUAAACUGCAUAACUGCCCAAUCUGUAAUAUGUGCUUCAAAAGCCAUAGUGCCGUGUUUUAUCACAAAAGGCGGAGGCACCCCUACAUAGCAACAACAGUCGAAGACGAUAUAAAUGCAAGCAGUAAUACCGAUACAGAAAAGGAGGAUACCGAAAACAGUGAAUUAAUUAGAUGUAAAUUUUGCAAUAAGGAAAUACCUGACAACAGAAUAAAAUAUCAUGAAAAACGACAUAUUUAUGCGCUGAACAGGAAAAAGAAAUACCUUUGUUCAUUUUGCCCCCGUGAAUUUUAUUGUGAAACUUCGGUUAAGUUACAUGAAAAGAAGAUCCAUCUGUGCGCAAACCCCGAACGGAAAGAAUGUCCAAUAUGUCAGAAAGAAGUCGAUCCAGAUUAUCUUAAAUGUCAUAUUGACAAUGUUCACGCUUCAGAGCGCAAGUUUGUCUGCGAUGUUUGCGGCGAUUCGUUCAAAAGUUAUGUGCGGCUUCAGCACCAUAAGAGAUUACAUUUAGACCGUAAAUUUCCGUGUACGGUAUGUACAAAAAAAUUUAUACGCUCAAGUGAACUUAAAGUACACAUGCGUAGUCACACUGGUGAAGAACCGUACUCAUGUCAUAUAUGUGAUCGACGUUUUAAAAUCAAAGUUCGGCUCAGCUAUCACUUGCAGCAACACGCUGGCAUCAAACGAAAAUGCAAAGAGUGUGGAAAAGAGUUUAAUGACGUUAAACAAUUGAAAAUGCAUUCUUUCAAACACACCGGCAUGCCAUAUAGGUGUUCUGUUUGUGGUUAUGCUUGCGCACAACGUAAUGUAUUUAGGAAUCAUUUAUUGCGAAUGCACGAUAUGACAAUGACUCCGGAUGAAUAUUGUGCGAUGUUCAAGGCAAAUACUGGUCGGAAUCCUCACGUUAAAACAUUGGAGGAAUUAAAAUCGGGCGCAAAGUAAGGAUCAAGAAAAAUUACCAAACUAAAUGACUUAAAUGGACAAAUUAGCUAAAAGAUAAAUUAUUUGAACAAAUUUAUUAGACUUUCAGCGCUCUAUUCAGCUAUCAUUUUAUAUGGGCAAUUCUCAAUUAGCUCGAAUAGUCGCAUGACUCUGACAGGUUUUAUGCGGACACAUAAUUUCUGCUCCUUUAUUAACAAAAAUCAGGUUAACCGUCCUGUUCAUAGAUGGGUACCCGGGUACCUUUUGCAUAUGGGUGUUUCCAGCGGAAGGUCCACCACGACAAAAAAAAUAAAAGUUUUAUAUCUAACGUAUU